AUUUCAGCGACAACGAGCGACAAAAUGCAUAGUAUCUACCAACGAUUCAGCAACAUCUCAGCUCUGCUGUCGACAUGUAUGCUCGCCCUCUUCGGUGCUAUCUCCAUCUCGUCCCUACUCUUCACUGCUGACCCGAAGGGCACGCUCUCUAUUUCGAGCAUCAAUGUCCAUCCUGGGAGGAACAACCAUUUCCAUCAACGGAAUCAUGAGUUCAGUUUCGUUAGAUUUAACGUGUCUGCAGACUUGACACCUCUCUUCAACUGGAAUACAAAGCAGCUCUUCCUCUAUAUUGGCGCUGAAUUCACGAGUGCAGAUGGAACGCAGAACGAAGUGGUUAUCUGGGAUCGAAUCGUGCGUCGUAAAGAAGACGCCGUAAUCAACGUCUCGAGCAAGUCGAAAUAUGUGUUACGUGACAUGGCGAGGACGUUCGAGAAAGUAUCACCAGCAAACUAUACUCUGAAGUAUAACGUGAUGCCGUAUAUCGGGUUGCUAACGUAUGGAGAGGCAGCACGGACGAAUGAACCUAUCGCUUUCCCCGCUGCGCAAAAACGAGUUACAUGAUUGUACAAUAUACCCGUAAUUAGAGGUUUAUGAUCUUCCUCUGGGAUUUC